AUGACAUUCCUUACUGCUGAGACCACCGCUGUGCUGGCUCUACGGACAGCCGAUGCUGAAACUCGGCUCUGGAACAAAGUGAUCCAGAAAUUGCUGGAGCGUGUCCCGGGUUACAAAUACUUUCAACGUGUCAACGCUCCAAAGUACUUCGACAGAUCCGAGUCUAACGUGACUGCAUAUCUAGGCAUUAUAUUUGCAACAGACACCGGAUACCAGAACCGCUGGAGCACGUCCACCAGCAACAUUAGUGAAGUUUGUCUCAAUCUCAAUUGGUGGACUAACGCAGGUUUCUUCGAUUUUAAGUUCCCUAUCAUGAUCUGGAAUCAGGCCUCUGAUGAAACGAGCAACAAGGCAUGGUGGUAUGGUGGUGGCGUGGCUCUCAAGGACAUGAUUUUGGUCACUUUCAGUCGCUGUGGCAGUGCUUUCGGAUAUCUUGCUCACUCCGAGCUCAACGCAGAGGGGCUGAACUACUGGCCACAAUACCUCCGGAAAUUAUGGCAUCCUUGA